AUGGUCAACAGGCAAGUUGAACAACCAUCUACAUACUAUUCUAUAAAGGCAGCCAGUCUUGAAGGAUAUAUGGUCGAUUUAACGGCAAAUAAUACAACGUUAUGGGAUACUACCGACGAAAGCAUCAUUGAGGACUACACACUGGAAAUGUUUUAUGAACUCGAGGAAAAGGCAGGAGCUGCCAUGAUCGAACUACAACAACAUUUGCAUAAUAAUCAGACAAUUCGCAACUCAAGACAGACAGAUUGCGAAUUGCCUCUACCAAGAAUAUCACUACCAAAAUUUGAUGGAAACUGUAUGCGGUGGGUGGAAUUCAAGGACUUGUAUAUGGAAUUGGUCCACAACACGGACAUCAGUGACAGCAAAAAAAAAAUGCAUUAUCUGACUACAUCAUUGGAUAACGAGCCAAAGGGGCUAAUUAGACAUCUUCCAGUAGUAGGAGAAAAUUACAAUAUAGCCUGGACUUUACUUACAAGCCGUUAUGAAAAUAAACGACUUCUGGUUACAACACUCCUAAAUAAAUUAAUGGGACAAUCCUCCAUUAAAAGGGAGUCGGCACCAGCAUUAAAAUCUCUACACGAUGUAAGCAAGGAAUGCAUACAUGGUCUCAAGGCUCAAGGAGUUCCAGUCGAACAUUGGGAUGUUAUCCUGGUACAUCUAUUGCUGCGCAAGCUGGAUGCAGAAACUCUAACAGCUUUCGAACAAGGGCUAACAGACAACAAAAGUUUAAUAACCAUUGAUGAAUUGCUAAAAUUUUUGGAACAUAGAUUUCAAUCACUUGAGGCUAGGGGAAAAGGAGAUUCAUCAUUCACUCGAACAUGUGCUUCAGCUACAAAAUUUGGUUUAAGUAAAACCUGUCCAAUUUGCAACAAAGACGGUCACAUGGUCUACGCUUGCAAAAAAUUCGAGACGGCUAAUCUAUCACAACGAUGGAAUUGGGUUAAGGAGUUCAAUUUGUGUGUGAACUGCCUCAGGAUUAGUCAUCGAGCUGAUGAGUGUAAUUCCAGGCACUGCACUAAGUGUUCUAAAAAACAUAACACUUUGAUGCAUAAUCCAAAGGGGAAUCAAUACACAAAAGGUACUGUUCUUCAAGGAAAUAACUCAACGCCUCAACAAACAGGUCAAGCUUCAGUUUCAAACCAAUCAUCAAAUAAAAUAACCCUUUUAACAAACAAUACCAAUAAGGAAUCUAAUUAUGUCCUAUUAGGGACGGCCAGAAUAAGAUUGCUGGCAUCAAACGGAAGACAAAUUGAAUGCAGAGCAGUAUUGGACUCUGGCUCUCAAAUCAAUCUCAUAACAAACCGCCUGUCAAAAAAAUUGGGCUGCAAGCCUAGGCCAACGCUUAUGAGUAUGGAAGGCGUAGGCGCAAAUGAAUCAAAAAUACGUCAUCAAACAAUAAUCCGAGUACAAUCAACGUUGAACGAAUUUGUAGCAGAGAUGGAUGCACAUAUCAUACCAAAAAUCGUUUCAGAUCAGCCAAUGCACUAUUUAAAUAUCGAAUCCUGGGAUAUUCCAAAGGAAUUAACUCUCGCUGAUCCAGAUUUUAACAAACCUGGCCGAAUAGAUUGCCUGUUAGGAGCAGAGAUCUUUUUCAAGUUACUUAGUGAAGGUCAAAUAAAACUAGCAGGUAGUCUUCCAACACUUCAGAAUUCUAUUUUUGGAUGGGUUGUAGCUGGCAAUGUUGAAACUUUAAAUUCAAGCACGGCAACUUGUGGCAUGUGCACUACUAAGGAACUAGAAGAAUCUAUAUUGAAAUUCUGGGAAUCAGAAGAAAUUCCAGAUUCAACUUCGGAACUCACAGAAGACGAAUUGCGUUGUGAGUCACAUUUUUUGCAACACACUUUUCGAGGAAGUGAUGGCAGAUUUGUUGUGAAACUCCCACUAAAGAAUCAUCCAUCAGUGUUACCAGAUACAAAAGGAAUCGCUUACGAGAGGUUCAAGACAAUCGAGCGCCGUUUCAUUCAAAAUCCUGAUCUAAAGAAUCAAUAUGUUUCAUUUAUGAGGGAAUAUGAAGCAUUGGGACACAUGACAAAAUUCAGCGGUAGCGAAAUAGUAUCUCCCCAAUAUUUCAUCCCUCACCACUGUGUGCUACGUCCAGACAGCUCAACAUCAAAACUGCGAGUUGUAUUUGACGCAUCAGUACACAAAUUAUCAGGGCCAUCACUAAAUGACAUAAUGUUUAAUGGUCCAAAAGUUCAAGACGAACUGUUUUCGAUUUUGCUCAGAUUUAGAAUGCACAAAUAUGUUUUAAAAACUGAUGUGGAAAAAAUGUACCGUCAAAUAUGGGUUAACAAAGAUGAUCGAAAUCUGCAACUCAUAAUGUGGCGAGAAAAUCCCACAGAACCACUUAAUUAUUAUCAGUUGAACACAGUUACUUAUGGCACAAGAGCAGCAAUUUUGGAUUUUUAUGUUGACGACGGUCUAAUAGGAGCUGAUACCAUCAACGAAGCGUUACUAAUUCAACAACAAUUAAUAACAAUUCUAGACAAGGCUGGAAUCAAACUAAAACAAUGGUGUGCAAACAACCCAAAACUUUUACAUGGAAUCGCUCCAGAAGAUCAAGAAGUAAAUCUCAAUUUUGAUUCCAAGGAAACCCAAUUCACAAAGACGCUGGGUCUUUUAUGGUUACCAAAGUCAGAUUCAUUUCGUAUCAAGGUUAACAUUCGAGACCAUAGUCACACAACAAAACGAUCUAUGAGCUCCGAUUUGGCACACAUAUAUGACCCUUUGGGUCUUAUUGGUCCAAUCUUGGUCACCGGUAAAAUCUUGUUGCAAGGAGCAUGGCAGCUAAAACUCGAUUGGGAUGAUGAUCUUCCGUCAGAAAUACGUAAACAAUGGACAUCGUAUAGAGAAGAUCUGGCCUUGUUGGACAAUGCAACAGUUGUGAGGCACGUAUUCAGCAGUCAAGGCUACAGCCAUGUUGAGCUGCACGGUUUUUGUGACGCCUCAGAAAAGGCUUAUGGUGCAGCAGUAUACAUUAGAACAGUACAAAAGGAUAAAACGAUAAAACUUAAUCUACUAUGCUCCAGAUCUCGUGUAGCACCCAUAAAAUCUCAAACAAUUCCACGACUAGAAUUGUGUGCAGCGUUGCUAGCAGCAGAACUCAUGGCAAGAGUUAAACUUGAUUUAAGCUAUCAAGACAAAGCAACUUACUUUUGGACAGAUUCACAAAUUGUGCUUUCCUGGAUAAACAAUCAUCCAGGCAAAUUACCCGUUUACGUUGCCUACCGAAUUGUAAAAAUCCUUCGGUUAACAAUUCCAGAACAAUGGCGUCACGUCCCGUCAAAACAAAAUCCGGCAGAUAUCCUGUCAAGAGGGCUUAAAUCGCGGGAAUUUUCAUCUUGCUGCAUGUGGUUAUAUGGUCCACUAUUUUUAUAUCAGCCAAAGCCGCUGUGGCCAGCUCCCUUCAAAAGGGAAUUAAUUGUUGAAGAUAACACGGUGGUGCUUGCUUUAUCAACACAACAACCUACUAAUGAGCAUGCAUGGGUCUAUUCGAUUCAUUCAAGAAAUUUAUUUACACAUGUCCAAAAAGUUGUUGGAUAUGUACUUUGUUUCACAAAAAACGCACGGAAACCAAAAGAAUCAAGACCAGAGACCAUGCAGCUUUCACCGAUGGAGCUCGACGUAGCACUUAAGAUAAUAAUACGUCAAAUCCAGGCCUCCGAUUUUUCUGAUCUAAGGAAAAUGCUAGUUAAGGACGAAUUUGUGCCAAAAACUCAUAACCUCAGUUCUCUAACUCCGUUCGUAGAUGAAGAAGGGGUAAUACGUGUUGGUGGACGGCUAAGCUCUUCAAAACUGCAAUUUGAUGCCAUUCAUCAAAUGAUUUUACCUGGACACCGUGUGCAACCAGCUCGACCAUUUCUCAGCACUGGAGUUGAUUAUUGUGGCCCAAUAUGGGUUCAUUACAAAACAAGAGGCAAGCGUCCACAAAAGGCGUAUAUCGCUGUCUUUUGCUGUUUUGCAACCAAGGCCGUACACUUAGAACUUGUGACUGAUCUGACCACAGAUGCAUUCAUUGGAGCAUUAAAACGCUUCAUAGCAAGACGAGGACGCUGUAAAACGUUAUACUGCGACAAUGCGACCAACUUCGUUGGAGCGAAAAACAAGUUGCAGGAACUUACUGACGUCAUCUACGCUGAUCGAGCGAAGGAAUCAAUUGCAGGAAUGUGCAGUACGAAAGGCAUAGAAUUUCACUUCAUUCCACCAAGGUCACCACACUUCGGCGGGUUAUGGGAGGCAGCAGUAAAAUCUGCCAAAUAUUUGCUGGUCAAAAAUGUUUCAACAGCAUCACUUACAUAUGAAGAGCUUGAAACUGUCGUUAUUGAAGUUGAAGCAGUGUUGAACUCGCGACCCCUUAUUCCUAGCUCAUCAGAUGCAAACGAUUUGAACGCAAUAACUCCAGGUCAUUUUUUAAUAGGUGAAGAAAUCACUUCAAGCGUUGAUGUGCAUGCACGUGACUCUAAAGAAAAAUUACUUAAACGCUGGCAACUGGUAUCAGAGCUAAAACACAGUUUUUGGCAGCGCUGGACUAAGGAGUAUCUAAGCGAAUUGCAACAGCGCCACAAGUGGAAGGGUCCCAUCACCAACAUACAGACCAAUACGAUGGUAAUCCUUAAAGAAGACAAUGUCCCAGUUCUGCAAUGGCCUUUGGGACGCAUCAUCAAAGUUUACAAAGGCGAAGAUGGAUUAAAGGUCAAAAUGAAAGCCUACAAAUCUAUGAAAAAUUCAUCAAUGAAUUAUGGUAAUAACAAACAUGCACAGAACUCUCACGAUAAGAGUAUUGAUAAAAAAAUUCAGAAGAUAAAUACACAAGAUAAAAAUAAAAAUCAUUUGAAUGGCAACAGCAACAGAAUAAUGAAUAAAGAGCGUAAAACAAUCGAAAACCCUGAACAAAAUGCUAAUUUAAAACAGUCACACAAUAUGAAUGUUGACGAUAUGGAAGAUUUUAAAUGUAUAUUUGCAAUUGCUUCAGAAUUGUUUGACAAUAAUUGUGAGUACGAUUUAACCGGCAUAGAGAAUGAAUAUAACAAGCAGAUAGAUGAAGUAGAAGUUUUCCUAAGGCCAAGACGUAUAUCAAUUGCAGAUCAAAAAUUAGUAGAACAACAAACUUAA